GGGACUGAAGACUCCCUCUCUAGGGCUUAGGAAGGAUGGGAGAAAUGAGGGACAAAUGACUGCACUUUAUUUUGAUGUAACGCAUGUAGUCUAUUCUUAACGGCUCAUUAUUGAUACUUCUUUUUGAUAUGAGGCUCCUCCUCUUUUCCUUUGGAGUAUCAGUGUGAGUGUGUUUUGUUUGAGAGUGGUGGCUCAUGCUGAAAGAGGCAGAGAGCUCUCCUCCCAGGAGGAUUCGUCUCACUACCAGCCCUUAAUUGCUCUGCCCAGGUGACUUUUCCUGCAGCUGCACCCAUGAUUCUCCAGAACUGCCUGCUGCACAGAUAUGGACUGUAUUACUUUUUGGCAUUGCUGACACUUCUCAUGUCACAAGCUGACGGGCUGCAAUGUUACGCCUGUAACAUCAUGCAUAACCAGAGGUAUGUGGACGUAGGCUGUUCCAGCCCCGAAGUCAUCACCUGCUCCCACUCCCACAAGGGCUUCAAGCAUCGCUUCUGCAUCAGAACCGAAAGUGUUGCAUUGGGAGUCAUGCUGACUAGUGGCUGCGCAACAGCACGACACUGCCACACGGAGGAGCUACCUGGAGUCAACAUCCACUGCUGCGGCUCUGAUCUGUGCAACAGCGCCACCCGCUGGCGGAUGACCACACUGCUGCCGAUUUGCUCAUUGACGUUUUCUCUAUUGCUUCAAAGGUUGAUACUGUGGACGAAAUAACUUUGAAAUUUGAACGUCACGAUGCAUGACAUACAGGAUGGAACUUGAAAAUAUAACUACAGCCUAAAAGAUGUGAACACAGACCCUGGAGUAUUAGGCCUAGGCCUAUGUGUGGAUAAGCCAAUCCUUCACAUAGCCUAGUAUUGUUCUCUUUGGAUAAUUAGCUA